AUGUUUCUUUUAGAUCAGUGCUUAAUUUUCUCAAAUGCCUUUAAUAUAUCUGACGAUUUACAGCUUUGCUCUGUUGUAAACCUAGUAAUUGGAAAUUGGAAGGAUACGGAAGGAGAUGGAUUAGCAGACGUCGGGGGGUUAUACGACUUCAUAACUCUGAUCUGCCUCUGUGUUGGUAUGUUUAUCUGUGUGUUUCUCUUUUUCUUAUCAAUGUGGGUCACAUGCCAAAGAAAAUCUCGAAGAAGAUCAGACAGUUACCCCCUUUCCCAGAUACCAAAUGUCCCAAAAGACAUCAGGGUAGAUAGAGUCGGAGGUUCACAUUUUCAUAACCACAACAAUCUUGAACAUUCAUCAGCAACCACUAAUGAUGAACCGACGAAUAAGAAUUCAGGAAAAAUGAUAUUUCAACUUGGAGUGAGCAAAUCUGGUGAUGCUGAUAAUGUAAGUCAAAGCAGUUCUAUUUAUGAAAGGGGAUCCAAGUCAAAGUCAGGUGAAGAAGGAACUUCUGGAAUGGUCUGGAAGCAAUCUUCAUCUCCAUUUAUAGGGUUACCUGAAACCUCACAUUUAGGGUGGGGACACUGGUUUACUUUGAGAGACCUUGAACAAGCAACACGCCGUUUCUCCCAUGAAAAUGUGGUUGGUGAGGGUGGAUAUGGGAUUGUAUAUAAAGGGACAUUGAUCAAUGGGACAGAGGUAGCAGUGAAGAAGCUUCUUAACAAUCUGGGACAGGCUGAAAAAGAGUUUAGAGUUGAAGUGGAGGCUAUAGGACAUGUUCGACACAAGAAUCUUGUGCGACUUCUAGGCUACUGCAUAGAAGGAACACAUAGGAUGCUUGUUUAUGAAUAUGUGGACAAUGGAAACCUUGAACAAUGGCUUCAUGGAGAUGUUCGGGAAUGUGGUGUUCUUACAUGGGAAGCUCGCAUGAAGGUCCUUCUUGGUAUUGCAAAAGCGCUUGCUUACUUGCAUGAAGCUAUAGAACCAAAAGUUGUGCAUCGAGACAUAAAAUCUAGCAAUAUUUUAAUUGACCAUGACUUCAACGGGAAGCUUUCUGAUUUUGGAUUGGCCAAGCUUUUGGAUGCAGGAGAAAGUCACAUAAAUACAAGAGUUAUGGGAACAUUCGGUUAUGUGGCUCCAGAAUACGCGAAUACUGGCAUGUUAAAUGAAAAAAGUGAUAUUUAUAGUUUUGGUGUGUUGCUUCUAGAAGCAGUAACUGGAAGGGAUCCAGUGGAUUACAAUCGCUCUGCUAAUGAGGUGAAUCUUGUUGAGUGGCUUAAAAUGAUGGUGGGAAAUAGAAGAGCUGAGGAAGUUGUUGACCCGAGUCUUGACCCGAAACCCUCGACGCAUGCUUUAAAACGUGCACUUUUAGUGGCUCUUAGAUGUGUUGAUCCUGACUCUGAGAAACGACCUAAAAUGAGUCAAGUUGUCAGAAUGCUUGAUGCAGAUUUCCCAUAUCGUGAGGAAAGAAGGAACAGGAGGAGCCGGACUGCCAGCAUGGACAGUGAAACCAUGGGUGGUACUGCUGACAUAGAACGCCCGGGCCCGGUGGUUAAAUCGGAAAUCUAACAGAGUUAACAGAAAACCGUUAAAAGUUUAACGGGUUGCAAUCGUUCUUGUUAGAUUACUAACAGGAGGGAGUGGUGGGGGUAUUUGAGUGGAAGAGAGAUGUAAAUCACUUGUCACAUAACAAAGACAAAACAAGGGCCAAGGUUUAUUUAUUUCUUUUUCUUUUUCUUUUUCUUUUGUGUUGAUAAUAAUCAAAGAUCAAUCAAGUUUUUGGUUCAAUUAUCUAUCUUAUUCAGUUUGGAUGGACAACUGUUAGUUGAUAUAAAUAUCGUGCUGUUAAGUCGUUCCAACUUUUAAACAAAUUUGUCUUCAUAUAUUUCUUUCCAUUUCUUUUUAGUAUAAUAUAUCCGGACAUUAUUUAAGUGGGAAAAGGAAAUAGUACCAUGAUCUCAUUUGCAUGUGUGUAAAGUUGGAAACCCAAUCACUACAGGUGUUCCAAGAUUGUAUUUUUGUAAUCAUGCCAAUCACAUUAUUAUGUUUUUCUUGUCUUGUAAUUACCUCAAUCACAUUAUUUUGC